AUGGCUCGCAACAAAACAAACGAAAUAAAAUCGACAGACAAAGUAGCAACAACUACAGCAGCAGUGGUAGUUCCACUAGCAUUGCUGGCAAACAAUGCAUCAUUUCAUCAGCAACAGAUUCGUUCAACGAAGCCCUUCUAUCGGCGUCUAUAUGGACGGAGGCAUCAUCAUCAGCACGCCGAUCAGCAGCAUCAUCAUCGAACCUGUUGUGGGACACCAGACAGCCAACACGAACACCAACCGGAGCAGCAGCAACACACACAUCCACAAGCCACACCUUCUGCCUCGAUAGAUGGCAUUACCCAAGAUAUCCCCUAUUGUCUGGGAGACGAUAAUACCGCUCAGAGCAUAACACUCUCUUGUAAAGUGAGAAGAAAAUCAAAAUCUCUCCCCCCAUCAUCACGUUUCACAUUACCCCUGUUCACUGAGUCACUUAAACGUUUUCGAAGUAUACCGCUGGUCCAGCUACUGUGGCUACUUUGCUGCCUCAGCAAUUUGGUUCACCGCACAAUGGCCGAAUGUCCCAGCGUGUGUGAGUGCAAGUGGAAGAGUGGAAAGGAGUCUGUUUUGUGCCUUAAUGCAAAUCUAACACAUAUCCCGGCCCCCCUGGAUGCUGGUACCCAAGCUUUGGAUCUCACCGGAAAUGAGUUGGCCACCAUACCGGAUGACACAUUCGCGGAGGUCAACCUGCUAAAUCUGCAGAAAGUGUAUUUGGCCAAAUGUCGUUUGCGUCUGAUCGAACGUUAUGCCUUUCGGGGACUAAUAAAUCUGGUGGAGUUGGAUCUGAGCUUUAAUGCCCUGGCCCACAUACCAUCCGAUGCCCUGGAAAGUGUCACUGAACUGAGGGAAUUGAAACUGAACGGCAAUCCCAUACUUGUGGUGGCCAACGAUGCCUUUCGACAAAUGAUGCAUUUGGUGCGAUUGGAAUUGAGCGACUGCCGCAUAGAAACAGUAGAGGUUAAGGCUUUUGCAGGUCUAGAAUCCAGUUUGGAAUAUCUAAAACUAGACGGAAAUAAACUAUCCGAGGUGAGAUCCGGUACCAUAACUUCACUCACCAAUUUACAUGGCAUUUCAUUGUCACGCAACAUGUGGAAUUGUUCAUGUUCUCUGCGGCCGCUGCGGGCAUGGAUGUUACGAGAGAACAUACCCUGUGGAAUACCUCCUGUCUGCCAAAGUCCACCACGUCUGGCCGGCAAAUCUUGGGACAAAAUUGAUUUAGAUGAUUUUGCCUGUGUGCCACAGAUCAUUGCCACCGAUACCACUGCCCACGGCGUUGAGGGACGCAACGUUACGAUGAGUUGUUAUGUCGAGGGGGUACCCGAACCGUCGGUGCGGUGGAUGGUAAAGAAUCGGGUGAUUGCCAAUUUAACGGCGGCAAAUGGUGACCAGCCCUCCACUAGCCCACGUACUGCUGCUGCCACACAAGGCCGCAAAACCUAUGUAGUCAAUAUGCUACGCAAUGCCUCAAACUUGACCAUACUCACGGCGGAUAUGCAAGAUGCUGGUAUUUAUACAUGUGCUGCGGAAAAUAAGGCUGGCAAAGUGGAGGCAUCCGUAACACUGGCUGUGUCCAGACGUCCCCCCGAGGCCCCUCUGGGCUUCAAAGUUAUCCUGCUGUGCAUAUUCAUAGCCUUGCUCUUUGUGGCCGGUUCAUCCUUUGGGGCAAUCUGUUUUUGCUCGUUGCGACGCAAAAGGAAAAUGCGUUUGUGGAAUACAGUGCCGCAGGGUCGUACGGAGAGCUAUGAAAAAAUUGAAAUGACUUCGCGUAUGGCUGGUGCCGGAGGCAUAGGAGGCUCAAACAAACCGGAUUUGGGUGGUAAAACGGGCCUACAGGAAACGGGAAAAAGCCCCAACAGCACACAGGGCCAGCUAUUCCAUGACAAUGAAAAUGGCUAUCUGUGUUCGGCCACCACACCUCUGAAUUGCGGCUCGGAUGAUGGUGGCGAUACGGGUGGCGCCAUUGUCAAUCCAAGCGGUGGUAGUUCAAAGCGUAAUGGUGAUUAUCGCAAUGUACCCACCCACUGUGAUGACGACGAUAAUGAUCAUAUGCAGCAGAGUUUGGGCAGCAAUUCGGGCGGAGGUUGUGGUGUUGGUGGUGCUGGUCACACAUAUCAACGCAGCAUGCUGCUAACGUCGACAACACACAAUAAUGGUACGCUAACAACCACCACCAGUACCUCAUUAACAACGCCACGUUGGAAAACGAGCUCAGCUUUUCAAUCAGCAGGCGGUCCAGAUUGCCACCUUUCACAUUUGGAUCCGACGCAGGCAGGCUUGAAGUCCAGCGGUAAAGAGGAUACAGACUUGCAUAUACCAAGACUCAUAGAUAUUGGAUCUACACCAGAAACUGGUUCCGUUUCAAUUUCCGGCAAAGUAGAUGCAGCUUCACGUCAAACGUCAUCGGGUUACAAUCAUGUGGCGAAUUGGGUAACAUCCUCGCUGAGUUCUUCGGCGAAAAUGUCCGCGGCGAAUCACAGCGCUUUGAAUAAUAAUCAUCAGCCGAGCAGUUUGGAUUAUUACAGUCCCAAAGACGAUGUGAAUUCGUCGGUGUUUUGUGGCAAAGAAACUUCAGAUAACGAUUUGUUUGAUAGCAACUAUCCCGACCUUCUGGAUAUUGCCAAAUAUGCCGUUGCCCAAGCUACCAGUGCCAGCCAGACAAACGGUGGUCUCUGUACCCUGCCAAGAAAAUUGAAAAAUACCGGUAAAUAUUUUAAAAAUUCCUCAGAUAGCCAAAGUCCGCUGCUGGCGGAUAAUUCUAGUAAGUAUGGCAGCAGUACAUUGGGCGAUGCUGGCUACUUAAAUGAAGUUGCAUUGGGUAGACGAUUUUCCGCCGAAUCUUCCUAUUCGAGUUAUGGUGGACCGGUAACAUAUACCAAGGGUCAAAGAUCGAAUAGCUUUUUGAAUCUUGUACAUAGUUCGAGUAAAAACGCCUUGGCAAAUGCGGCCGGCAACAAGGCCGCCGCCAUAGCCAAUGCAAUGGGAACAAGAAAAAAUCCCAGUCUACCCUCCUCACCGGUACAUGACUAUCAACAGCAACAUCAGCGAUCUUUAAGUUCGGCUGCAACACCGUUGCUGGACUUCUCCACUAUCGCCAGUCGGACGGGUGUAACAAAUGCUCCAGCUGGUACACCUAGUGGUAUGAGCAGCUCAAUGCACUGUGGAGCGAAUACAGCGCCCGUGACAGCUUAUGACUAUCACGCAGCCCAGUUGGAACGUUUUCUCGAAGAAUAUCGCAAUCUGCAAGAUCAACUUUGUAAAAUGAAAGAAACCUGUGACACAAUACGUAAAAAAGAAGUCCCGCUGCGAGUGGGCCUAGGUCAUUCGGCCCAUGCAGCCGAUCCUGUUAUGUAUAAUGCUGCUCUGGCUGCUGCAGCCAGCAGUCCCACCACCAAUCCAAAAAUAACACUAAAAACCAAAGCAACUCUACCCGGACAACCACCGGAUCCGCCGCCAUAUUGGUUACAUCGCAAUGCCAUGCUGAAGAGACUAAAUGAACCGCAGAAUGAUAUUUUCAAAAGCUAAUGAAUAUCAGGUGUACAGUUAUCGUUACAAUUAAGUCAAUUUACGUUAAGAUCAGAGAAAAGUUGUUGGUUUUAAUUCGCAAUU